GGAGAGGUAAUUUCCUUUUCCUCUUGAAUGUUUGGCUCACCGAAUUUUCUUGAGAAAUCAAAUUAAAAGCGGUUUGUUUUAUCUAAACGGUGAACUUGGCUUGUACGUUCAGCUUGGCCAUGGAGAUGAGUACAAACCAGCAGAAAGACAUAUCCAUGUUUGUUCUGGUGAGUUUCGAUUCUGGUCCAUACCAUGGUGCACUAUAUGAAGUGAAACUUGAGCAUGGAGAAUCCAGUGAAGCUUCGCCACCAGUACUCGUACCAGUAAUCAAGUUUUUCGAUAAGUGUUUGGAUCUGCCGAAGGACUGUUUGUUUGAGGGUGUGAGAUUUGGUAGCUGCUCCAAGUUACAUGUACUGGCAAAUGGACAGGCUUAUCCUUGCAAGCCCAUCACAACCACCAAUUCCUUCGUUUUUGACACAGAUACAACGUCAGUCUCAGACUUCCAGCACUUCGCUCAGCCCAAAAAGUCUAAACCGUAUGGUAUUGCUAUAUCUGCAUAUGGGAUGCUAUAUUACUUUGCAAACCGAUCAUGCUCCCAACCCUUUGAGCGAUAUGUUCCAGCCACUAACUCAUGGGAGUCCUUGCCUUCUUGUCCAUACAAACCAAAGCCAAGAAUGACCGUAGCUGGUUAUGCCGUCUGUUACGGCUACAUUUUGAUUUCAAUGUAUAACAGCAGAGAUUGCGGCGUGAUGGCUUUUCAUAUUGAUACACAAAAAUGGCUUCAAGUGAAAGUCACUGACUCGAGACACUAUCCUUUCGUGGGGAGGGCCGUGGUUGUGGACGGUACUAUAUAUUCCUUGUCUUUGAUUCCGGACGAAAUUCUAGCAUUCUCGUUUUGGCGGGAUUCAGAUGAUACUUGUUACCUAGGCGCAGCCUUGCCUUUGCAUCUAUGGAAUAUUGCGCAUCCACCAUCCCCGAUGAUGGAGGACAUAACUCAGAAUUUGGUUCAUUUAGGGGGGCUGGACUUUUGUCUUGUGCAUACAGGCCAGAAUGAAUCUUCUCUUGAGAAUCAAUAUCUUUGUAUCACUACAUUACGGAUCCUACGCGAAGGAGGAGGAACAGAAAUCAGAACCCUACGGUCAUCUGUUUAUCAAGUCGACUUGAUGGGCAGUUUCUCUUUGGAAGUUAACUUCAGUUUUACACCAGAUUGUGAGGAUGUUGAACCAGAAGAAGACUGCUGUCCAACUGCACCAGUUAAAAGUGAAGUUGGAAGUACCAGGAUGACAUUGGAGGACAAAGAAAAUAAAGCAGAUCCGAAGUUAUAUGUUGCAGCAGGCAGAGAACAGGUGUUCCUUUCCAUUCCGACAAAAGUGGCAAUUCUUAGCUAGAUUUGAGGGCACAUUACCUUAGUUUUGAGAGCGUCUACUUGGAUUUUAUAGGUAUUUGGGUUAUCAUUAUUAGCCAAUUUGUUCGCCUUAAUUUCUUGGUAGAAAUGACAAUUUUUUGUAAUUUUUCUACUUGCAUUCCAU